AUGGUCGACAAAUGGUGUCCGGUGAUAGUGGAAGAGGAAAAAUACACCACAGAAGAUGCAGGUCAAGGGGAUCUGUCUGUCCUGUCCGAAGGAAAUGCUGAACAGACCAUCUCAAGUAACAUACAGGAAAACACCUCCAAGGAUCACAAUCAGAGAAACAGGAGGCAGUCCACCAAGGAAAUGGACAAAGCCAGGCCUUGUGAAGGUGAUUGCAAAGAUGCCCGUGAACGUGCAGGCCAGCUGGGGACUCGCCAACCCAGCAAGAGACAGCGAAGCUCUAAUAUCUUUAGGAAAAUCUCUAGCCCAAGCCGUGUCCUCAACCAGAGGGCCCUCGCUGGAGGGAAAACCCAGAACAAGUGUUUGAUUUGCGGAAAAUCCUUCCUCUGCAGUUCAGAUCUCAUCACUCACCGGCGAACCCACAAGGGGGAGAGGCCUCACGAAUGCCCCGACUGCCGGAAACGGUUCAUGCGGGGCUCCGACCUCAACCGUCACCGAAGGAGUCACACGCAGGAGAAACUGUACAAAUGCGAGGUUUGUGGCAAGCGUUUCUUUGAAAGGUGGGGUCUCAUCGUUCAUCACCGAAGCCACACCGGCGAGAGACCCUACAAAUGCCUGCACUGCGGGAAACAGUUCAGUUAUAGAUCUCACUGCAAUCGGCACCAGAGGAUCCACACGGGAGAGAAGCCCCACGUCUGCCUAGUCUGCGGGAAAAAUUGGGAGGAAACAUCAGAUACGAACAUGCACUGGAAAACCCACCCAGGAGAGAAGCCGUUUAAAUGUCUCGAAUGUGGGAAGAGAUUUAGUAGGAGCUCCGAACUGAUUAGGCAUAAAAGAGUUCACACUGGAGAGAAACCCUAUGAAUGCCCCGAGUGUGGAAAGAGCUUCAGUCAAAACAGAAACCUUACUUCCCAUCAAAGGAGCCACACGGGAGAGAAACCUUACAAAUGUAUGGAGUGUGGAAAGCGUUUCGGUAACAGCGGUGUUCUCGCUUCCCAUCAGAGAAGCCACACCGGAGAGAAACCCUAUAAAUGUUUAGAGUGUGGGAAAUGUUUCAGUCAAAGUGGCAUUCUCACGGCACACCAAGCGAUGCACACCGGGCAGAAGCCCUUCCCGUGCCUGGAGUGCGGGAAGAGGUUUCGCCAGCUGAUACACCUCACCUCUCACGAGAGAAUUCACACGGGAGAGAAACCGUUCCAGUGCCUGGAGUGCGGGAAGAGUUUCCGCCAGCACAUACAUCUGACUUCUCACAAAAGAACCCACACGGGAGAGAAGCCGUUUCAGUGCCGAGAGUGCGGGAAGAGCUUCAGCCAGAGUUCGCACCUGAUUCGUCACGAAAGGACCCACACGGGAGAGAAACCGUUUAAAUGCCUCUUGUGCGAAAAGAACUUCAGCCACAGCUCCGAACUGGUUCGACACGAAAGAACUCACACAGGGGAGAAGCCAUUUAAAUGUCCGGAAUGCGAGAAGAGUUUUAGCCGCAGUUCCGAACUUAUUCGACAUAAAAGAAUCCACACCGGGGAGAAGCCCUACAAAUGCAUGGAGUGUCACAAGAGCUUCAUUGACAGCACAAACCUUCUUAGGCAUCAGAUAAGCCACACAGGGGAGAAACCCUACAAAUGCCCAGAGUGCGGGAAAUGCUUCAGUCAGAGCAGAAGCCUUACGGCGCAUCGGCGGAUUCACACUGGCGAGAAGCCCUUUAAAUGCCAGGAGUGUGGGAAAUGCUUUAGCCAGAGCGGGAUCCUCACGGCACAUCAAGGCAUGCAUACGGGACAGAAACCCUUUAAGUGCCUGGAGUGCGGAAAGAGCUUCCGUCAGCACAUCCACCUCACCUCCCACAAAAGGAUUCACACCGGGGAGAAACCUUUCAAAUGCCAGGAGUGUGGCAAAAGUUUUAGUCACAACUCCAUCCUUAUUUCUCACGUCAGAACCCACACUGGAGACAAGCCUUUCACGUGCACGGAGUGUGGAAAGAGCUUCACUUGGAGCACCCUCCUGAUUAGACACGAACGGACCCACACAGGGGAGAAACCUUUUAAGUGCCCAGAGUGUGGCAAAGGCUUUAGCGAGAGCUCGCUUCUUAAUAAGCACCAGAGGCGUCACGCUGGGGAGAAACCAUUCAGAUGUCUGGAGUGCGGGAAGCACUUUUUUUCUAGUACGCUGCUUAUUCGACACCAGAGGACUCACGCGGGGGAGAAACCGCUGAAUAUUUGGAGGGUGGAAAAUGGAUCAGAAACGGAGUCGGUGGGGCCCCGAGUAGUCUGCACCCGCCUGCAGCAGCUUUGCUAUCGAUGGCUGAAGCCCGAGAGGAGCAGCAAAGCUCAAGUGGUGGACCUGGUGAUCCUGGAGCAGUUCCUGGCCGUGCUGCCCCCGGAGAUGGCGGGCUGGCUGAGGGAGUGUGGAGCGGAGAGCUGCUCCCAGGCGGUGGCCCUGGCCGAAGGCUUCUUGUUGAGCCAGGCGGAGGAGCAGAGACAGCAGGGUUUGGUAUCCUUUGAGGAGGUGGCUGUGUAUUUUACAGAGGAAGAGUGGGCGCUGCUGGAUCCCAGCCAGAGAGCCUUACACGGGGAAGUCAUGCUGGAGAAUGCUAGGAAUGUGGCCGCUCUGGCUCACCAAGAAGAAGAAGAAAAGGGGAAAUAUCUCAGAUGUGUCAAAGGAGACAAAGAGAACUCUGACUUCACUAAAUAUUCUACAACCGAGACUGAAGAGAAACAAUAUGAAUAUCAAGAGGAUGGAGAAAGUAUCAGCUCUGCCUCCUACCUUGCUUUACAUUGCCCAUCAUACGCCAAAGAGACACCACAUACAUUUAUAAAUUGUGAGGAAAAUUUCAGUUUCGGCGGUCAUAUAAUUUCCCAUAAAGAAGAGAAACCAUCUGAGUGUGGGAUGGAUUUCAGUAAGAAACGGUUACUUGUUUUAUCCCCCAAAAUUCCCUCAAGGGAGAAACUUUAUAAAUGUCUGAGUUGUGAAAAGACGUUCACUCAAAGAAGUAACCUUAUCACACAUGAACGGACCCACACGGGGGAGAAACCGUAUGUAUGCCCGGUGUGUGGAAAAAGAUUCAGUCAGAGCGGUCACCUCAAAACACAUCAGCGAUCCCACACGGGGGAGAAACCGCACACGUGCAAGGAAUGUGGGAAAAGCUUCAGUUGCAGCAGCUAUUUUAUUUGCCAUAAAAGGAUUCAUACAGGAGAGAAACCAUAUAAAUGUCCGGAGUGCAGAAAGGGUUUUAAUUGUAGCAGUCGUCUCGCAUCUCAUAAGAGAAAACACACCGGAGAGAAGCCUUAUAAAUGCACAGAGUAUGGAAAAAGGUUUUCAUAUAAGGAUGUCCUUACGAGACAUCAACGAACCCAUACAGGGGAGAGACCGUAUACGUGCCGGAUGUGUGGAAAGAAGUUCAGUGGGCGUUCAGAGCAUAGAAGCCACGAAAGGAUCCACACAGGGGAGAAACCCUACAGGUGCAUAGAGUGUGGGAACAGCUUCCGUAAGUACAGUAAUUUUAUUCGCCACAAAAUGGUCCACACGGGAGAAAAACCCUACAAAUGCCAGGAGUGUGGAAAGAGCUUCACUCAGAACGCGAACCUUAUCAAACACAAAAGAAUUCACACGGGAGAAAAACCGUAUCAGUGUGCAGAUAAUGGGCAAAACUUCAAUCAAAAGAGUAAUCUCAUCAUACAUGAACGGACCCACACAGGGGAGAAACCAUAUAUAUGCCUGAUGUGUGGACGAGGAUUCAGUCAGAGUGGUCACCUUACAAGACAUCAGCGAUCCCACACGGGGGAGAAACCGUAUACCUGCCUGCAGUGUGGAAGGCAGUUCAGUGGGCGUUCAAACCUUGUGAAGCACGUAAGAAGCCACACCGAGGAGAAACCGUAUAUGUGUACGGAGUGUGGAAAGGGUUUCCGUGACAACAGCGUCCUUGUUUGCCACAAGAGGAUCCACACAGGAGAAAAACCAUUCAAAUGCCUGGAGUGUGGGAAGAACUUCAGGCGAAAUUGUCACCUUGUGGAACAUAAAAGAAUCCAUACAGGAGAGAAACCCUACCGGUGUUUGGAGUGCGGGAAGAACUUCAGUCAGAAAAGCAACCUUUUGCAACAUAAACGGAUUCACACGGGGGAGAAACCAUACACAUGCCUGGAAUGUGGGAAGAGUUUCAAUCAGAGCAGUCAAUUUGUUUGCCAUAAAAGGAUCCAUACGGGGGAAAAGCCCUACAAGUGCAUGGAGUGUGGGAAAAGGUUCGGUCACAAUGGUAGCCUUUUGCAGCAUAGAAAAAUUCACACGGGAGAAAAUCCCUAUAAAUGCGCGGAGUGUGGGAAAUGCUUCAAUCAGAACUAUAAGCUUUUGCAACAUACAAGGAUUCACACAGGGGAGAAACCAUACGUGUGCAAGGACUGUGGGAAGAGUUUCAGUUGCAGCAGUGAUUUUAUUUGCCAUAAAAGGAUUCAUACAGGAGAGAAACCGUAUAAAUGUCCGGAGUGUGGAAAGGGUUUUAAUAAAAGCAGUCGACUUACAUCUCAUAGAAGAAAACACACAGGAGAGAAGCCAUAUCAAUGCAUGGAGUGUGGAAAGAGGUUUUCCUAUAAGGAUGGCCUAACAAGACAUCAACGAACCCAUACUGGGGAGAAACCAUAUAUAUGCUUGAUAUGUGGAAAGAAAUUCAGUGGGCGUUCGGGUCUUAGAGCCCACGUCAGAAUCCACACGGGCGAGAAACCCUACAGGUGCCUGGAAUGUGGAAAGAGCUUCUGUAAAUACAGUAAUUUCAUUUGCCAUAAAAGGAUCCACACAGGAGAAAAACCCUACAAAUGCCAGGAGUGUGGAAAGGGCUUCACUCAGAACGCGAACCUUAUGAAACACAGAAGAAUUCACACAGGAGAGAAGCCGUACAAAUGCACAGACUGUGGGAAAAGCUUCAACCAAACAAAUCACCUUUCACAACAUGAAAGAAUCCACACCAGAGAAAAACCAUAA